UAAACACCUCCGACGACGAUCACUCUCCCCGUGAUCUUUCUCCGACCGGCGAAAAUUCCGACGUCCUUUUUUGCCGUUUUCCUUUUAGAAUUAUAAAAGAGGAAAACGGAAAAUUGAUUUUCUGUUUUCCGUUUAAUUUUCCGAUUUUCAUUCGUUUUGUGCAUUUUUCACCAUGGAGGAGUAUGAAGCUUUUCUGAUUGAACCUGAACAGGAAUGGCAAACGGUGUCGUAUCAUAAGAAGAACAAAAAACAGUCAGGUAAGUCGAAGCAGGGAGAGGAGUUCUCCGGCAACUGGAACAACGGGGAGAGCUCAGGUGAUGUUUUCCGAUCGAUCGAACAACAUGCGGAGGAGAGAAGGAAGCGUAUAGUUGAGUCUCAGAAGCUUUAUGAAGCUGCUUCCGGUGAAAGUUCUGCCGUCAUUGAUAAAAACGAGCAGGAUAGCGAUGGAGAAGAUGCCGCUGGUGGUGCAAUUGAGAAUGACGGUGUUGUGGAGAAGAAGAGUAAGCCGAAGAAGGUGAAGAAACCUAAGGUUACUGUUGCUGAAGCUGCUGCGAAGAUCGAUAAUUCUGAUCUAGUUGUUUAUCUCGUUGAUAUAUCAACCUCGUUUGAUAAGCAGGAAGAUAUACAGCUAAUGCGAUUUGCAGAUUACUUUGGACGAGCAUUCGCCAAAGUGAGUUCAUCUCAGUUCCCAUGGAUGAAGAUUCUUAGGGAAUCUUCAGUUGAGAAGAUGAUUGAUAUCCCUGUUUCUCAAAUUUCUGAGGAUGUUUAUAAGACAUCUGUUGACUGGCUUAACCAGCGAUCAUUUGAUGCACUUGGUUCCUUUGUGUUAUGGUCAUUGGAUAGCAUUAUUGCUGAUCUUGUACAGCACGAAGGAGCUUCAAAGGGAUCCAAAAAGGUGGUUCAGCAAGUAUCUUCAAAAUCCCAGGUUGCCAUGUUUGUGGUUCUAGCAAUGGUAUUGAGACGGAAACCUGAUGUUUUAAUCAGUCUCUUACCAAUACUGAAUGAAAAUGGGAAAUACCGAGGACAAGAUAAGCUUCCAGUCAUGAUUUGGGCAGUCACUCAGGCUUGCCAAGCUGAUUUAAUCGUGGGAUUGUUCAUGUGGGUACAUUUUCUCUUACCAUUGUUAAGCAGUAAAUUGAACAGUAACCCACAGUCGAGAGACUUAAUGUUACAGUUGGCUGAGAGAAUUGUAUCCUCACCAAAAGCCCGUGCUAUACUCAUAAAUGGUGCAGUCAGAAAGGGAGAACGUGUUGUGCCUCCAUCAGCUCUUGAGGUUUUGAUGAGGAUCACCUUCCCAGCACCUUCUGCUCGAAUUAAGGCCACUGACAGGUUUGAAGCGGUCUAUCCUACACUGAAAGAGGUAGCUCUUGUUGCUGCCCCUGGGAGCAAAGCAAUGAAGCAGCUAACCCAGCGGAUACUGCCUUUUGCUAUCAAAGCUGUAGGGGAAGGUGUUCCUGAUCUAUCAAAGGAAGCUACUGAGCUAUCUAUUUGGUGUUUGACUCAGAACCCCGACUGUUACAAGCUGUGGGACAAUAUUUAUCUGGACAAUGUAGAAGCAAGUCUAAUAAUAAUUAAGAAGCUGUCCACAGAGUUCAAGGCGCAUUCUGCUAAGGGACCUGAACUUGAUCCAUUGAAGGUGACCUUGAACAGUCUCAGACUUAAGAGCGAGAAGGCAUUGGUCAGUGGGGAUAAUGCUGCUCAUCAAGCGUCCUUGAAGGAAGUGCAGAAGUACUGCAAGAUUUUACUUGGACGUUUAUCCCAUGGUAAUGGAUGCAUGAAGGCUUUCUUUGUUAUCGGUCUAACAAUGGCUGUGGGUGUUGCUUUUGUCUCCAAGGAGUCCCCGGAGGUCAAGAAACUGUUGGCAGAUCGCUUCAAUGACUUGCAGUCCCUGGACUUCAAGAAACUGUUGACAGAUCUCUCCAACGACGUGCAGUCCCUGGAUUUCAAGAAACUGUUGUCAGAUUUCAACUUGGCUUGAAACUUCCCCUUCUCACAUAGAGGGUUGUAAGUUAAAUCACACCUACCUUUGUUAUAUGUUUAAAUUAUGUCCCGGCACAGAGAAGCUAGCACACCCCAGAACAAAAAUGGGUAGAGAAUGAGUUGUUUUAGAAAGGAAAAAAAAAUAAAAUAGGUACAGCAGAUAUGAUGCCAAGUUUCUGGCCUCAGUUUACAGUGUUUGUGUUUGUUUAGUUUUUUUAUGAAACAGAACUAUUUAAGUAAUCGAAUUUCGUUUGGCUGAACUAUGUUUGGUUUUUCAAGCCAUUUUCAUUUGAUAAGAAAUGGUUUGUAACUUUAUAUAUGUAGUAUAUGGAAGGAAUUGUAAGAUAUGAUUAUGGUUGGAA